UAACAUCAGCAGAUGCUCUUGCACAGAGACAAAGGAGAAGAGCAGCGGCAAUUUGUAUUUUUAUUCUAUUUUGGUUUUCCUCCCUUAGAGAUUUUGAACUUCUGCAACUGGCAUUUUUAUGGACUUAUAGACAGAGAAAGAGAUACCUGAACUGGUCAACUAAUUAAACUCAACAAAUUAACAAAAGAUCAAGGACAGUGCUUCUGCUGAAAAAUCCAUCUGACCUCAGCACAGGCAAACAAUGAGGCCCAUGAAUGCUGCCCUCUGGGUGGCAGCCAUGAUAGUGGGACUCCAGCAGAUUGCUUCAUCACCUGACGUCGUUGUAGACCUCUCGUCCAAAAACCUCUCCUCUGUCCCAAGAGACCUGCCACAGACGGUUACGAAUUUAGACCUUUCAUGCAACCGCAUACAGCAACUUCACCAAGGAGACUUUCAAAACACCACUCUCCUGAAGUCCCUGAACGUGUCAUGGAAUAUUCUGGAGGAGAUCGAUCCAGCGACGUUCCUCAACACACCACUCCUGGAGGAGCUGGACCUGUCGCACAACAGGCUGAAGAACCUGUCGGGUCAGCAGUACCUGCUGCACACAGGGAACCUUCGGAUGCUAAAUCUGAGCUGUAACACGUUUCCCAGCAUGACACUGGGGAGUGCGUUCAGUACCCUGGUAAAACUGCAGAGACUAGCACUGGGAGCAAAAAACAUCAGUGUAGGCGAUUUCAAGAAUAUUGCUGGAAUGAAACUAUGCACACUUACCCUUUGCCUGGGGGAUGAACUGGCUUAUGAGGCAGGUAGCUUGAAGGAUGUUCAGGCUGAAAGGCUUCAGAUAACCUUCACUAGUAAUCAAAUAGUGGGCCGCGAUGUGGUUGAGGAUGCACUGACACUCUUUGUUCAAGUGGAGUUGAUGAAUUUGUCAGGUGGCUUCAGGGAACUGACUGAGCAGCUGAGACAGAGAGCAGAAAUCCACACUACUCAUCUCUAUCUCACCAACAUAUCAAUCAAAUGGAAAGACUUAACUGACUAUGUAAAUGUGAUUCUGCAGACAUCUAUUACCCAUCUGGCUGCCUCUGAUGUGACAUUGUACAAUUUGCCUUAUAUAGACACUCCUGUGAUCCAGACAUCUAAAAUGAAGUCCUUUUCAGCCAGAAUGGUAGUGGUGACGACUUUUUUCUUCUCACAGGAGGCGGUAUAUAACUUUUUUAUCAAUUUGCCAGUGGAGACAGUGUCAAUCACAGAGAUUUCAAUCAUACACAUGACAUGCCCAAAGUCACAGAGUCCGAUCCUUGAGCUGGACUUUUCCUAUUGUUCUUUAUCUGACUCCAUCUUCUCCAGAGUGGAGCAUCAAGAAAUUCUUGAAUGUGAGAAUCUGGGUAAUGUGAGGAAAUUGGUCCUGAUCAAUAACAAUCUCAAAAGCUUUCAGUUGUUGAGCAAACGUGUGCAAUACAUGAAGUCCCUGCAACAUCUGGACCUCAGCCUCAACUCCCUGGUGUAUGACAGUCUGGAAGAGUGUGUCUGGCCACCAAACAUCACCAAUAUGACUCUGGCUUCUAAUGGUCUGACAGACUCUGUUUUUAAAUGUCUGCCAAAAGGAAUAGAGACACUGGACCUUGAGAACAACCAGGUUUCUGUGGUACCAUCAUCCAUCUUUAAAAUGGAAAACCUUUUAUCUCUGAACCUGAAUUCAAACAGACUGCGGGACCUGCCUGUAUGUGAUGGUUUCCCCAUGCUGAGUGAGCUUAUGCUUAAGUCAAAUUCCUUCCAUGCCCCAUCUGUGAACAAGCUGGAGAGCUGCCCCAAACUGAAAACCCUGGAUGUCAGUUCCAACCCUUUCACAUGCACCUGCUCUCUGAGGGAUUUCAUACAUCUUGCCACCAAAUCUGAACAGAAGACCGGGAACACAGGACUUGAACUGGUGAGCUGGCCAUUGAACUAUUACUGCAUCUACCCAGAGGAUGUUAGAGACUCCACCUUGAACAGCAUCUGGCUCCCAGAAGUGUCCUGUGAUGUUGGCAUUCUAGCGGCCACCAUCCUGUGUCCAGCAGUGAUAAUGAUUGUGGUAGUUUUGACCCUGUGUCACCGUUUGGAUGUACCUUGGUACAUGAGUAUGAUCUGGCAGUGGACCAGAGCCAAACAUCGUGCCAGAACACAACAAGUUCGACCCGAAGACCUGGUGGGUGUUGAGUUUCACGCUUUUGUGUCUUACAGCCAGCAUGAUGCCGACUGGGUGCACAACUCCCUCCUUCCCAACCUUGAAGGUCCGGCAGGAGGGCUCCAAAUCUGCCAUCAUGAAAAGAACUUUGUGCCAGGAAAGACAAUUAUUGAGAACAUCAUCGGCUGUGUGGAGAAAAGCCGACGCUCCGUGUUUGUACUCUCUGCUCACUUCGUCAAGAGUGAGUGGUGUCAUUAUGAGCUGUACUUCGCCAGCCACCAUCGCCUUGCUCGGGGAUCGGACAGUAUUGUGCUGGUGCUGCUAGAGCCUCUGCCUCAAUAUACCAUCCCAUCCAAGUACUAUCAGCUGAAGUCCAUGAUGGGCCGCCACACCUAUUUGGAGUGGCCACAGGAAAGGGCCAAGCACAGGCUGUUCUGGGCUAACCUCAGGGCUGCCCUACAGGCAGACCUGCCAAAUGCACCAGUCAUAGAAAUAGAAGGGUGACCGCAAAUAGGUGGCUUAAAAGA